AUGCCUUCGUCCUCCUCCGCCGCGUUCCACAACAGGCCAUCAUCCUCCACACGGCUGUCACGAACGGCGAGCAAAGGGCAACUGGAUAAGAACAAUGCCGAAGGGGACUUAACUCAGUCCUUGAAUCACCUCUCCAUCUCUCUCGCGUCCCCGUCCUCCGUCACUUCACAGUCUCCGUCGCCUAGGAAGAGUCCUCGGUCUGCCAACCACCCGCCACCUGCAAUCAGUCCCCUUCGCCCUCAGUUCGCUACUUCGACUGCUGGAUCGCCAAACGGGACGCCCUCCCGCCCCGGUAGCGCCAUGCGGAACGUAUCAUACGGCCGGCCACCGUCUCGCUCUCAAACUCCUGCACUUCGCCGCAAAGCCUCCAUGAACUCGAUCCAGGUCGCCCACAACAGCAAUGGCCAUGGACUUCGUCGAUCCAGUUCAGUCAACCUCACACCGUCCGCCGCCAAGAAGUCACCUUUAAACGACAUGUCCCCUGAUACGUCCGAGUUCAAAGUGCCGCCCACCCCGCAAUCCAUCGCGAGUGACCACUUCAAGGCCGAGCUUGAGAUUCAUCACGGACAUGAUCCAAAAUUGUCGGCCGAGACCAUUGUUAUUCUGAACGAUGCAUGCUAUGGACAUCGCUAUUCUCGACCCCGGACAUCCAAGGCAAGCUUGAGCACCAUCGUCGAACGACCCGAGAGGAUCAAGGCCAGCGUCUUGGGAGUGUCGGCCGCCUAUGUACGUCUGGGCGAGCGACACCAAGACGGUUCGUUCCCGAUUCAUCCGGAUCAGCAUCCCAGGAACCUCCCUUCGGUACCUUUUCUCAUACAAAAAACGACUCGACGACUGGCCAUCACAUCUCCGACAGUAACCAACGUACAUGGCACGAAAUGGAUGGAGGAACUCAAGAUCAUGUGCGAUACCGCUGAAGCGAAGCUGGCGACGAAUGGCAAAGAACUUCAACGCCCGGAUAUGGAUCGUGGACCUAAUGCGGAAGAGCCCCCAAAGUUUCAUGAAGGUGACCUCUAUCUCUGUGCAGAAUCACUAGAUGCUAUGGAAGGAGCUCUCGGCGGUGUCUGUGAGGCCGUCGAUGCGGUGUUUAAGCCUGAGGGUCCGAAAAGGGCUUUUGUAGCUAUUCGCCCGCCUGGCCAUCACUGCUCCGCCUCGUAUCCCUCGGGCUUUUGUUGGGUCAACAACGUUCAUGUGGGCAUUAUGCACGCAAUUUUGAGCCAUGGCUUGACCCAUGCCGCCAUUAUCGACUUUGACCUACACCACGGCGACGGCUCCCAGCAAAUUGCUUGGCAGCACAACUCAAGAGGCGUAAAGGCUGCAAAGAACGCAGCGAUGUGGAAGAAGACCUCGAUUGGGUACUUUAGUCUUCACGAUAUCAACUCGUAUCCUUGCGAGACCGGCGACGACGAAAAAGUUAUGAACGCGAGUGUAUGCAUCGACAAUGCUCAUGGACAGAAUGUGUGGAAUGUGCACCUACAGCCCUGGGAGACAGAAGAGGAUUUCUGGGCACUCUACGAGUCCAAGUACACCGUCUUGCUUGAGAAGGCGCGCAGCUACCUUGUCACAGAGGCGGAGCGCUUGCGAGCAGCAGGCCAAAACGCAAAGGCAGCCAUCUUCCUUUCUGCUGGUUUCGAUGCCAGCGAAUGGGAGGGCGCUGGAAUGCAGAGACACGAAGUCAACGUCCCCACAGAGUUCUAUGCUCGAUUGACCCGAGAUGUAGUACGUAUUGCAGCAGAAGUGGACACGGCUGUAGAGGGCCGAAUCAUCAGCGUACUGGAGGGAGGAUAUAGUGAUCGGGCGCUUUGCUCUGGCAUCAUGAGUCACGUUUGCGGCCUUGCUGGAGCUGGUUCUACUGGAAAUGGCAAAGCUCAUGAUCAGUACAACCCUUCGUGGUGGUCUGCUGCCGCGCUUGAACAUCUGGAAACCACACUGUUGACUCCCCCACCCGAACCACCAAAGCCCCCUCGGAACGUUGCGACUCCUACCUACUGUUCACCUACACAGGCCUCUACGGCACGGUCUGUAGCGCCACGGAGAACCAACAGGCCGAUGUCACCAAUGCCGUCGAGAAUACCGAUGCCCCCUGCUCCAGAGGUUCCGUGGGCUAUUGCUGCUUGCGAACUGAGCAAGCUUCUUAUUCCGCGCGACCGCCAAACGGAUAGCUGUACUCACACAGAUCUUAAUGCUGAGGCCACCAAGGCUCGCCGGGAGCGCCAGUUAGCCCAGGCAAAUACUUCGGCGUCCGAUGCUGGCACUGCAAACUCAUCGGAUCGGCCCUCUACAAGGAUGGCCUUAAGGGAGCGUAAAGCCAAGCAAGCAGUGCCUAUCAAGGAGGAGGACACAGACGAAGACCGAGUGAACGCUGUGUCCGCAGGAAAGACUGGUGUGCCCCGAGGAGGCGCUCGUGCUACACGUAGUCGACGCCUUAGUGCUGCUUCGACCAUCGUCCCAGACAGCCUUGACUCGUCUCCUCCAAGCCACAGAUACUCAGCCACAAAUGCGGAAGAUGACGGAAGACCGGAAACAUCCAUGAGCAUCAGGCCCGAGUCUUCAAUGAGUGUGAGACCGCAGGGGAACCCUCUUGUGGUCAAUAAAACGCGGGGGCCAGCAAAGAAUAAGGAUGCUCUGCAAGCACCGAGGACACAGAGGAAGAUUUCAACUUCAACCAUUGAAUCAGCAAGGAGCUCCAACGCAUCCCUAGUAUCACCAGCUUCGGCUUCCCUUAACGAUCAGCCAUCAACUGGUAGCAAUGGCGACGGCGUAGAUACAGUGACUGGCGGGAUGAAGAAGGUGAAGAUUACUCUUAUCACACAAGCCCAGAAAGAGGCUCGCGAGCGGGAGCGUGCUGCGAACGAAAACGCCGGUGCGAUUUCUGUCGUUACAUCCAACCUACAGGAAAACAAACUUCGUCAACAACAGCCUACGCAGACACCCGUUGCCACAGUCCAAUCUCCCACCGAAAGCAACACCACCUCUCCCGCGCCAUCCACGCAGUUCUACACUCCCAACUCACAAGGCCGGAACUCAUUUUCCUCCUCCGAAGACAUGGACGCCACGGACAAGUACCCGGAGCUUUUCGGGCACCAUCACCUUCAAGACGGGGACGGUGACAUCGACAUGGAAGACUUCGAAAUACCCGCUCUUGCAUCCACGCCCAUGCCUAGUCGUACUUCAUUCCCUCUGCCUUUGAGGCCUCUUCAACAGUCUUCCACUCCCUUGGAAAACUUCAUACAGUACCAGCCUCCUGCUGGCAAGCAUCAUGCCUCGGUACCAGCACAGACACCAACUAGUCCCGGACAUGCUAUGAACAGAAAGGACGUGCCCGUGUUUACUGCCACCUCAGCCAUUCCCUUUUCGCCUCAGAAGACGGAGCAAUUGCAGCAGUCUCCGGCGCCGUCUACGCCUGCUUCAUUGCCAAGUGUGAUCUUUGCUGGACAGAAGCAGGAAGAGAAGGAGGAGGCUGUGGAGACGCCAGAGAGGAAUUGA